AUGUGCAAAGUUAUGAAGUCGAGAGAUUGCGAAACAGUGUCUAGAGAAAUAGCUUGUAAUCGGAAUCGUGAAGUUUGGUCUAAAUAUGAAAUGGUGGAGAAAACUUGUAAUAACCACAACUUUCACAAGAUAAAUCAACAUGUAAAUAUGGUGAGACAAAAAAUUCUCCAAUCUCUUCAAAACAUCUUAGGUGGUACUUACAAUUUAUACAAGAUGAAAACUUAG